AAAAAGAUAAAAGACAAAACAUAUUCCAUUUCCAUGACACUUGUCUGUCCCAUCUCAUGAUCCAAUGCUUCUUCUACAACCUCCCACUCCAAAUCAUGAACAAAAACAACAACCCUAUCUCAGCACACAAACUCAAAACAAAAUAAACCAAUUGUAACAACUUAAACAAACAAAUAGCAAAAAAAGUAUAAUGUCCACAAUUAAAACAAAGCAUAGCAGCUAGCAUUGAAACAUAAAAGAGGAAGAACAAAAAUGGAAGAAUCCAGUGGUUCAUCAAACCUCAAUCUUCCUGAGGAACUGCUGCAAGCUCUACCGUCCGAUCCAUUCGAGCAACUGGAUGUGGCACGCAGGAUCACCUCCAUUGCGCUGUCGACACGUGUCAACGCCCUCCAGUCAGAGUCGUCGGCUCUGCGCGCUGAGCUCGCCGAGAAGGAGAGGGUCAUCGGCGAGCUUCAGUCUCAGGUGGAGCCUCUCGACGCUGCACUCUCUGAAACCGCAGAGAAGCUCGCUCGUGCUGAGGAGGAUAAGGAGAGGUUGGUGAAGGAGAAUGCUUCGCUUUCGAAUACUGUGAGAAAGCUCAGCAGAGAUGUCUCCAAGUUGGAGGUUUUCAGAAGGACGCUUAUGCACUCACUUCAAGAGGAUGACCAAACUUCUGGAGGAGCACCCGGCAUUGCGGCUAUGUUGCAAAGUCAGGCAAGUAUCACUUCAACAUCGCAGCUCGGAGAUGAAGAUGCUUCUCUGCCGCCUUCAAGAUCUUCUUCAAUACGAUCCGGAACCUAUACUUCUGAUACAGGAAAUUCUUUUGCUGAGGAACGCGAGUCUGAUGCUGCAAGACCGAGAGUAUCACAUAGCCUCCUCUUAGCAUCCCAAACUAACACCCCUCGCUUUACACCUCCUGGAUCCCCUCCUAGUCUUUCUGCGUCUGGGUCCCCAACAAGAACAUCAUCAAAACCCGUGUCUCCAAGGCGGAAUGCAGUUUCCUUUUCACUUCCAAGAGGAAAUUAUGAUGAUAGGAGUUCAGUGUUUUCCUCAGGUCACGGUUCCAUGUCAGGCUCCGGCACAGGUUCACAAACUGCACGAACAAGAGUGGAUGGAAAGGAGUUCUUUCGCCAAGUCAGGAGCCGUUUGGAUUAUGAGCAGUUUGGUGCAUUUUUAGCAAAUGUGAAGGAACUGAAUUCACAUAAACAAACUAAAGAGGAGACAUUAAAGAAAGCUGAUGAGAUCUUUGGGCCUGAAAAUAAGGACCUCUAUACUAUAUUUGAGGGAUUGAUUACUCGCAAUGUCCAUUAACUUUUUCUGGUGGAAGAUUUUCACUUAAUUUUAUUCCUUGUUUUUCUAGCAACUGAUGACAUUUCAUCUACUUUAGCACCUUUCUUUCCCACAGUAAAUUAGGCAUUGAUUGUUGUUUGAAUUUCCAGACCCGUAAAUUUGAAUUGAUGAGUGACUCUCUUGAUAAGAAAAGUUAGUGAACAUUGUUGUCCUUUAGGGGAUUUAAACUA